UUAAACCCAAAAGAAGACGACCACGUGUAUUAAUGUCUUUCCGGCUUCGGUGUAAUCUGGGUUAAACCAUGGCGAAUAAACGUCAAAACACGGAUUUAAAGUCCCUCAUACCAGAUAAGAAAGUUAAAGAAAAUAAAAGCGAGUUUAAUGGGACUGUUUUUAAAUCCAUGCUAAAGGAUUCCAGUAGAGCGUUCAAUGCCUUGGAAACCUUCAUACAAACUGCAAAGCAACUUCCAUGUGCUAACUUGUAUGAUGUAGUUGAGGGCUACAUAAAAAUUUCAGCAGAAUGUGCAGAAAUAUUGGCCUUACUAGAGGGGGAUACCCAUUCUGAGACUGAGCUGAUGCUGAUAUUUCAGAGCUUAGAGUUGAUUUUGCUGCGGACAGCAAGUGACCUCUCUCAUUUCAACCUUUUUGGCUCCAGCAUUGUGAAGAAGAUUGUCUCAUCACAUGUGAAGUUGUUACAGUCCUCUUUGUGUUCAGGGAAUUGUCAGUUUGUCCGACAGUGCCUUUCUUUGAUGACGGCAAUGGUAUCUCAGGGCACUGAGGCAGCAUGUGAAAUCUUCAGCAGUUUGGUUUUCAACAAAACUCUCAGCAGUCUUGCUUGCAUGAGAGACAGAACUGGCCGACCAGAUGUUCGUGUGUCCUACAUUCAGUUUGCUCUCUCUUUUCUGAUGUAUGGAGAUGUUGCAACUAUAGUACAUGUACUGGACACCAAAGGUUUUCUGUCAGAAAUCUUUAACACAGGGUUAAAAGAAGACAGAAUAUCAACAAUCAAUCUGAUACUAUCUACAUUUCAGAAUAAGAUUGUGCAAAAUACUGCUGUGAGCAAAACUCAGAAGCUACGCUUCUUCACUGCUUCCACUUUGACUUGGAUUGCUUCUCUGUACAGGUGGAAUGGGACUGUGGAUAUGUCCACUGAUCAUUGUGUGACUAUGAAUGAACAGGAAUGGGGAAGGCUUGUUGUGCGAGAGUCUGUUCAUAACUUCCUUCUUGACCUCUGCUGCUCUCGCAAACAUGGUAUCAGCUUCCAUGACCCAAGUCUGGGGACAGCUGGAAGAGUUGGGAAUAUUGUCUUGUUACAGUUUGUGGUGAACCUUAAGCAGGCCAUCGAAGAUGAAAAAGUGGCUGAGCUGCUUGUCAACAUUUUGAAGUGCAACCCUGAUCUUCUGCACCGUUACUUUAUUGAAACGCGACUCUGUUUCACCCCACGCAUGAAAGGAACCUGGUUGGACAGCAUUGCGCUGCUCAAGAAAAUCUAUCAGUCCCAGCCUGAGGUGUCCCAGGCAUUCCAGCUGCAAGAGGUGGUUCCUGUCGCCCGUUUCCUUAGUAUGGUUCUGGUUACAUCCCUCCCUCCAGUCUGCAACAAAGCAUUUUUUACUCAGGGCCUCAAUUUGCCCAGUGUGGUGGGGAAGCAUGCUACUCUCACCGUGAUGGCUUUUAUCCUAAGAAGAGCACAGAAGAAUAUAGAACACAGUCUGAAGAAACCAUUAUUGAAUAGUUUUGAUGUGCACAGUCCCACUGCCAAGGAAGAGUUUGUCCAGCAUUACAGGGAAGCACUGAGUAAGGUUUUACCAGAUAUCAUGUCCAUUGUAUCAAAUUGGCAGUCACUGUCAAAGAAUGAGAAAGAGGGUGAGGUACAAAUGGGUUUGGCAAACCUAAAAGUAGAGGACGUUAAAACUCAAGAACAUGGUGAUCAAGAUCAAAAGCUGAUCUUGUUUAAGGCUCUGUUACUGCAAGUGUUAUGCUUGUAUCAGAAAGUUGUUCCACACCUUGUUACUGAAAGCAAGUUUGACUUCAGCAAACUGUUAAAAGGCUUUGUAUCAGAGAAAGGAAUGAAGGAGGAUAUCCCUCCGAUCCUGCAGUACCAAUUACUCCAGCUAGCACUGGAGCUGCCUGCUUGCAAGUUUUCCUGGUUCCGCUUUCAGGAUGUAGUGGCUCCAGACUGUCAGGGACGGGAGCAGUCUGUUUUAUAUGUAUUGCUGAAGAUGUUUGUCAAUGGUAGCAGCACUCGUCUGAGGACCACUACUAGGAUGCUCAUCCUUAAGGUCCUGAGAGAAAGUGGUGCAUUUGAGCACAACUGGAGAGAGUUGGAUCUUUGGCUGGAUCAGCUGCUCUAUUUGGAGCCUCCUCAACAAGAGACAGUCAUCCAGUUUUUAGACUUGGUUCUGAUGAGGGUGCUGUUUAACCCUUAUAUUUACAUGGACAAAGUUGCAGUUGUGGUACAGGAGGCUGUCUCUCUUCAGGCUAAAAUUUGGGGACGGGAUAUGAACACUGACUGUGUUCCCAUAUCACACAUUGACGGUGUGCCUGGUGUUACUGAUGUCAUAAUAGAGGCCAGUGAAAAGGAUGCUGAUAACCUUGGGCUGGCUCUUACUGAUGGCAGCAUCUUCCAGAUAUUCCCUUUCAGUGCUGCUGUGCCUGCUGUGCUGGAGGCCCGGAAUAAACAACAGGCUGCCUUUAUAGAUGACAAAAGUGUGCUGUGCGAGUACAUAUGUGCAGUACUCUGUGAUAUCCUUCACUUACAAAGAGAUCCACUAGCUCUGUGUUUGAUUCUGCAAAACUACGAUACAGAGCUUCUUUCUUCUGAGGACUUUUCCUCACCCCAUUCCUCUAUUUCUGUCUUCCAUAUGUAUUACAUUAAAUGGCUUUCACAACUGCAUCCAGAAAAACAGUUCAACCAGGUGCAGACGGCUACUUCUUUACCUGUCUGGGAUUUUUCUGCCUACUUGAAGAUGUGCUACUGCGAAGGACCUGGCACUUUCCUCCAGGACUCAUUCUGGAAUGGCCUAGAGAAAUCUUUGUCCACCUUAAAGUUAUCAGAGUUUACUGGGGCUGUCAGUCAAACCUUGUUCUAUCUCAAAUCUUUUGUGGAGACAUUCAGCUUGGUCUGUAGAGACCAGAUGCAGGUGGUGGGCUGUAUGCUGGAGGUGCUGCAUUCUCUGUUUCUCAAACUAUACAGCAUAGCUGAUACGCCACCCACCCUGUCUGAACCUCAGGAGGAGGAAGAUUUUUUUCUGGAUAUGAAAUUUACAGCUAUUCAAGAAGUCAACAAGGAGCAGGUUUUACUUGUUGUGUUUAGGUUGGUAUUCGAGCACCCAGUUUUGCAACAGUGGUUCUUCGCAUUGGAGCUGGGAGUGAUGCCAUCACACUCCCUGGACCCAGAGACGGUGAGGCAGCUCUGUGGUCAAAUGACACAGGGUGUGCUCAACUUGCUGAUGUCCUGUGUUGAAACCCUUCGAGCCCUCCAUGCCCUGGAGGUCAUCAGCCCUUACUUGUUAGCCACAGAGCGAGCUUUGCUCAUUGAGCUACAACAGAGCAACAGGUGUCUGGUAGAAGGCUCUCAGACUGUUGAAGCCUUCUUGGCAUUGUACGAGUACAUGGAUCCUUCCAGUGUGAGGGAUGUGUUAUCAGCUCUGCUGAUGCUGCCCAAGAGCAGCCUGUUGGCUGAUGGUGACAAGAUGAGUUUAUAUGGCCAAGCUGUCCUGACAGUCCUCACCAAGAACAUAUCUAAUGCUCGGUCUGGAAACGCCACCUUCUGUCUCUCUCAGGUGCACUUGCACAGUCUAGCUGCCCUCCAUAGCACCUGCUACAGUGUUCAACUGGAAGAUAUUUUUUUACAGGUGCUGCAUAGAGAACCUGGCUGUGCUAAACUGAUCCCCACUGAUAUUCUUCUCCACUGCCUGCAGUGCCAUUCUUCUCUAGAGCUUGCAGCCCUACUGGUGCAGAACUGCUCCACUCACUGUCUAACGUUUGAGCUUUGGUGCCUAGAACAGACUGACUUUGCACCCAUCACAGUUCAGAACAGUGGCUUCCUUUCUCUGCUGAGCAGCUACCUUCAGCAAGUUACCACUGAAGAUCCCUGCAGACCUAAAGACAUUAAAAAGGAAGUCCUGCAGAUAUUGACAAAAGCUUUGCUGGCUGAGUUGUCAAGCUCGGUGCUACAGGUGGAUGCUGAUGUGCCUUUGGAACUGUGUGUGGAGCUGCUCUCCAGCCUCAUUCCACUGGGAGCUAUGGCUUCGGAUCUUACUCAACUAAUAUGUGAUUUGCCUGUCCUCCUUGAGGAACCAGAAACCAGUGACCAAAGUGAAUGGUUUUGGUUCAGGUGGCAGUUGGCAGACUUGAUCACUGAGAAGCUGGCCUGUACACCAGAGUAUUUACAUUGGAGGAAAUCUUUGCUCACGUCUGCCCUCCGCUGGUUGUCAACAACUUAUAAGGAACACAAGAAGACACUUGUUAAAACUGAGGCGACCAUGUUGCAGAGACUGAAGACACUGCUGGUCUCUCCAGAGGAUAUUACAGAUUUGGACUGGAACAUCUUUGUUAAGUCAGGUUUAAAAUAUCGCUAUAAAGAUGAAAUGUUCCUGUGGACCCUGAACUCUUUAUUGGAGCCAAUGUAUAGAAGUGGGCUAAAUGCUAAAGGAUUGUUGCCCAUAGAAACCCUCUACAUGAUGGUUACUAGUCACUCUCUCUUCUUGCCCACAAUGCUGGCACCCCAGGAUGACAUGGACAUAAGUCCUUACUCUAAGGAGGCACUGGUAACCCUCCUGCUCACCUUGGUGAAAAAAUGUCCUGAGGUCUGCAAACUCAAUCAUUUUCAUGUCCUGCUUGGUGCAUAUGGAGCUACAUUGAGUUAUACAGAUCAGAAAAUGUUACUGCUGCUUAAAGAAUACGAGAACAACAACACAAGUUUGAUGGAGUUUCAGUACUUGCUAUGGGGUCAUGCAGCAGUGGAGUACCACAAAGCACAGACAAGUCUAGGUCCAUCACUAUGGCAACAGCUCAGCUCUGAGCCACUUUUGGACCAACUGGUUAUAGACAGGAUGUUAAAUACUAUUGCACGCUUUCCAUUGCACCGGCACCUUAUCCCACAGGAGAAUGAAGAGUUGCCUUCCAUAGAAGAGAAAGAAGGUUAUCAUAAGAUGCGUCUUUACGAUCCUUCCUUCCUUAUACCCCUGUUCAGCUACAUUGUCCGCCCAGAGUCUAUAUUAGAUUGCCGAAAGUUUGUAUACAGUCAUGCUCUGGGCCUUACAGUAGUGUCCCUAAGCAGCUAUGAUCACAAAAUGAGGGCUGCAGCCUACCAUGUUUUGGGUUCCUUCUACCAGCAUUUGGAAUCUGUUCAUUUCAAAGAGAAAAAGCAGCUGCUUUAUUUGUUGGAUACUCUCAGGAACGCGAUUCAAAAGCAGAAUCUCAGAGUGUCGUUUAUACAUGCUACCUACAUUGCAAAAGUGGCUCAACAGAUUCUGAGACCUGAGGAGCACAUGUACUUGGUGGUCAAUAGGUUUCUUUUGGGAACCCAGUACGUGGAUCUCAAAAGGUUUCCAGACUUCUUCAGACUUUUCUAUAGCUUUGAUUUAGAGCAUAAACUGGAGAGGGAGUGGCUAUUGAAAGUGCUGGAAGAAGGUAUGAGAGAUGGGCUCUGCUAUGAGCUAUGUGAACAGCAAAGCAUCUUCCAUACACUCCUAGGUUUCUGUAGUAGCCCACUCUGUGACCAGCCUGUCCAGAUUCAGAUUGUGAAUGUACUCUGGGAGGCUGCUCAUCUCCCCAAAGCAUCCUAUGACUUUAGCAAUGCUCAUGGAAUCCUAACUUGGAUAUUACAGCUGACAGAAAGGAGGAAUGUUGACAGAAGGAUGCUGACUAUUAUAAUAGGACUGCUCCAUACUCUGUGGUUCUCUAACCUUGGCAAGACCGACAGUAGGGUGCAAUGGAGCAGUAGAGCAGACAAUCAACUAAAUAGCUUAGGCAAAUGCCUCCCUUUUUCACUUAUCAAUGACUUCCUGUGUGCCCUGCUCUCAGUCAUAAGAUACCUCAGAACUGGAGUGGAACCAUCUGACGUGGAAAGUUUUCUGCAGAUGCUGGAUUCUGUGUUGAAGCAUCAUGGCACUGCAUUGAAUGGUAACAGAGAUACAAACUGGCUGCAUCCCCAGACACUGUCCUGUUCAUCCGCACUCGCCCUGCUUUACUGCUGGGGAACACUGGCUUCUGAUAACACACUGCUCUGUUGCCUUCAAGACCUUUUCAACAUGCACAGCAUUAAAGUACCACAUGGAGCAUGGCAGGAGGAAGUGCAAGGAACAGUCCAUUGCAAGGAUGGACAUACGGAGAAAUAUGUGCAGUCUUUGAUGAAAUGCAAACUCCUCCUGCUGAGUGUUCUUACACACUGGGAGCCAUGGCCUUACCUAUCUACCUACCAGAACCUUAACUCAGCAGCUGUAUUGUCACCCAAAAGCCCUUACCUUCAUUCUGAUAAAAUGCCUAGUCUGAUGAUUGCAACUGCCCACACUCUCAUCCAGUGGGCUGUCCGGACUUUAUCUGACAUUCCUUUUGAGGGCUAUCUCACCUUUUCAACCUUGAAAUGGUUGGAGAAAGUUGUAGUGCCCCAUGAAGCCAUUGCAAAGUCUUUGAUAACUGAUGAAGCUGUAAGAGUUGACCUCUUAAGAUUGUACCACCAGACCUGCGAGUUCAAAGUGCAGACACAAAGCACUUUCAAACUGGACACACUUCAGCUUUUCACUGCAAUUAUGGUGCACUUGUUAGAGGUUGAAAAAACUCUUCACACAAAUGUGAUAAAAACAUGCUUGCACUCAGCUACUGAUGAUCUAGUUAAAAGAGAAGCAGGUCUGAAGCUACUGUCCUUGUACAUUCCUGAGAUCUGGAGUGGAGCCAAGGUGCCUCAGCUACUCCUAACACAUGCAAAGCUGAUAACCAGAGAGAGAAAGAACUCCCAGAAGUCCAGAACACCCAUCAUACAAAUUUGUGAAGACAUUCUGUCUGCUGUGGACUAAUUCAUGUUAUUUUGAAAUCAUAAAUAUAUUGUAAGUCCUUUGAGCUAAAAAGGGUUUUUUGUGAAGAACCAUUUUGAAAGGUUACAAUUGUAUGUGACAUGAAAUUAAGAAUAAUGGUGGAAUCCAUUAGUUGCAUAACCGUAUCAGUAAUUUGAAGAUGAAGUCUUUUGAAGAGAGAAAAUUGAAGAUAAUCAUCCAUGACAAUAGCUGUGUCACCUGUUAUUUAAUGUUUAACCCUGUUUAGUAGAUUUUGUAUAUUCAGUUCCAUGCCUAAGGAGACCAGUCUAGCCACAACCUACAGGCAACUGAUAACACAAGCUUAUUUUGGUAUGAACUUUAAAUGUGAUAAACAAAUUUGGAAUAAAAUUAGAAAUGUUAGAUACCAAAA